UGUUAAAGUCACAAUUUGAAAAUGCAAAAAAAGACUCCUAGAAGUCGACGAUGGGAUAGAAAUAUAAUAAGACUUUGCCUAACAUUGUACUGUCGUUCUCCUAAGAACUAUGAAUAUAUUUCAAAAAGUGGGUUUUUAGUUCUCCCAUCCUCAAAAUUAAUCCAAAAGUACAAAAACAAGGCAGACCAAAAUGCAGGAAUUAACAAGGACAUUUUAGAAUGGAUGAAGAGCGAAGCCGAACUGUGUAACUUGCCUGAUGAGGGUUAUGAAGGGGGUUUGAUUAUGGAUGAAAUGGCCCUUCAAGAUGAUAUUCAGUUGAAGAGAAGGGGAGAUGAAUUUGAACUGAUUGGUUUCACUGAAGUUUGUGACGAAUCUGUACAUAUGAAAACUCUAAUGGGCUCACACGAUUUAAAACUUGCGACGCACGCAUUACAGAUUUUGUUUUUGGGUCAUACAGGUUUUAGAUUCCCUUUCGCCCACUAUGCAACUGAACAGGCUAGUCCGUCCGAAUUAUACUUAAUAUUCUGGAAAGCCGUAAAACUUUUAAGUCUGUAUGGAUUCCGUGUAACAUAUCUCAGUCUUGAUGGUGCACAAAGUAACCGGUCAUUUAUGAAAAUGCUUUUACCAGAAGAUCAGAAAACGUCCGAUACUAUGCAAACAAUGGUCUUCAGCAAUAUUUAUGACCGAAUGAUGCCAAAAAUAAGUAUAAUCAUGGAUUACUCCCAUGUAAUGAAAAAAAUUAGGAAUAAUCUGUCAAAGAGUGGUCAUUCACAAAGUCAUAAAAAAUUACUAAUGUAUAACGACAAUUGCAUAAUAUGGGAACACUGGUUCAAAUCUUAUCAAUGGGAUGUUACUGUUAACUCAUUAAAGGUUUAUCCUCAGCUAACACAAGACCAUUUCUUUUUAAACUCACAAUUAAAGAUGAGGAACAAGCUUGCGGAAUCUGUUUUAGAUGAAAAUAUGUUGCACCUAAUGCAACUUUAUCAGAAAUCGCUCGGAGAAGAGGGUACUGAACUUGAUAGUAGUAUUGAGCUUUUGAAACACACGUCUGUUUUGGUAAAAAAUUUCAGGGAUAAAAGACCUAUUUCAAACUAUGAAGAUGUCCGCCUGGAUCAGAACAGAACUGUUUUAAAGUGGUUCCAAUGGGAGAAUACUGUCAAAGAUACUGAUAAAAAGGUGAAAGAGAAAAGCUUGAUAUCAUUUCAGACCAGAGAGGAUAUUGUGUCCCUCAUACUUGGAUUUGACAGUAUGUGUAAAAUAAAAUUCAGUCAGUCGGCUGGUUCUGUUGUGCCAAGUAGAGUAAAUAGUGACGUUAUCGAAAAUAUCUUCUCCCAACAACGAGGUCUUAAUAACGGUUCCAAUACCAAUCCAGAUUAUCUAACAUAUAGCAGAACCAUGAACACUAUCAUUCUCGGUGAAAACACCGUAUCUCGUAAAUCCAAUACAGGUGGUACAAGUGCUGGAGCUAUGUUCUAUGAGCCAGGUGUUAAGAGACAACCACUGAAGGUGAUUCAGAAUAAUCAUAUACACAGAGAAUAAAAAGCGAAUUCCUCAUAACAGAGCAAAGACGAAAGCGGGUUUUUGAAACACAGUAGCCGCCUACAUAUCGUAUUUUUCCUUUACCAGCAGACGACUGUGGAUUCUCCGGUGACGGAAAUAUGAUAUGACUUGUUAAUUCGCGUUUAACAGAUUCAGCUUUAUUUCGUAAGAUAUUGCCUUGAAUAGUAAACAUAACUGAAGUCAAAAUUUGUGUUGAAAAUGGAAUGUCUUUAAAUGUACUGAUUUUUUCUAUAUAUUCAUUGGAUGAGAUAUGUGAAUUAAAUAAUGAAUAAAACUCUGUAAAAUUCGCCGGUGUCAUGUUUCCUGGCGCAGAGGUACAACACUUUUCAAACAUAUUCUGAACACAUUCGUGCUCA